AUGAAAUCGUUCGUUUGGUUCGCCACGCUGCUCGUUGCCCUUGGCCUCAGCCUGCAUGUUGCGCAAGCAUCCAAAGUGCACCCUCAUCGGGAUGUGAAAACACACCACGACGACGACGACGAUGCGCCACUGGCCGAUCGCUUUUCGAAGCUGGAAGCGCUCCACGGGCUCGAUGCAAAGCAGCUAAAGUUUCUCCGGUUGGCGGUGCAGUCGUUCGAGAAGAACAUCGAUCGGUCGGGCCUGACAGCGGACCAAAAGGGGGCCAUCAAGCGGCGGACACUGGAGCACUUUGUCGGACGACUGAACCCGGAACGGAACGCCUCGAAAGCCAACCACUCGAAAGUCGUUCCAGUCUGCCAAAGUUCCCACCCGGCACCGGAUCAAGUGAGACUCGUUUGCGGGCUGCUGGUGCUCGUGGUGGCCCACGGGUGCCAGGCGAUGGCCGACAACGGGACGACGGUAGACAAGGUUGGACCCUUGCCAACCACUGCACCGUCACCACCGGCCAGCCACGCGUGGCAACGGCCCCGAAUUCAGUACGAUCGAGAUUUGGUCAUUGAACUCGUCGAGGCGGCCGACUAUCCGAUCGAAACGCAUGUCCUUACGACGCGCGACGGUUACAUUCUGAAGCUGCACCGGAUUCCCGAUCCGCGCCAGUUCCCCGAAGAGUACGAGAACGGACCACCCGACCGGCAGCAGGCGGAUGGCGUCCUCGACGAGCCGAAUCUUCUGCGUUUCGGGCCCCGGAAACCGCAGUUCCGUGGGGUGGUGCUACUAGUGCCGGGACUUUUCUCGACGGCGGCCGAUUUCGUCAUCACCGGACCGGAAAAUGGGCUCGCCUUCGUGCUGGCCGACGCUGGCUACGAUGUGUGGAUGGCCAACGUGCGUGGAUCACGGUUCGCGCGCAAAAACGUGCACCUUACCGUGGUGCAGAGCGAUUUUUGGGACUUCAGUUUCCACGAAAUCGGAACGAUCGACAUCGCCGCCAUUAUCGACUACAUUCUGCUGGAAACCAACGAGCAGCGGCUGUACUACGUUGGCCACAACCAGGGCAUGACGGCACUGUUUGUGCUGCUGUCCGCCAAACCGCGGUACAAUCGCAAAAUCCACCACGCCGCGGGCCUAGCUUCGAUCGCGUACCUUGGCACGACGGACAGCCAGAUUCUACGGCGUGCCGCCGAUCUUACCGAUCGUGUGUACGCCACGCUACGAUCGCUGAACGUGCACGAGAUCAAACCCUCGAUCGACAUCGUGCACCUUCUCAGCGGUACCAUCUGCUCCGGUGACACCCGAGAAAUGUGCGCCGAAAUGUUGCGCGGAGUGCUCGGUUCCACCGUCGAUCGAUCGCGUAACAUGCUACCCCACAUCGUGGACGAUCUGUGGUGCAGCAUCUCGACCCGGCAACUUAUCCACUUCGGCCAGCUUAUGCAAACAAAAAAAUUCCAACAAUUCGACUACCGGAACUACAUGCUCAACACGAAGCAGUACGGACAGGCCAAACCACCGGAAUACAACCUGUCGCGGGUGUUGCUGCCGGUGUCGCUGUUUCACGGAGCAAAAGACUUUAUCACCUCCACCCAGGACGCUUUAAGGCUGCGAAACGAACUGCCGAACGUGAAGUAUUUCGUUGAAGUACCGAACAUGAAUCACAUCGACUUCGUGUAUUCCGACCUGCUCUAUGGCCAGGUGACGAGCAAGAUCAUUGAGAUAUUCAAACAAACUUAA